AUGCUAAAUCUUAUGCCGUACAAUAGUCACGAUAACAGACUGCACGCCCAGGUCGAACAAUCCCAUACUCGGCUCCCAUCGAAUCCCAUCGGAUCCAAUACAGAAUUUUAUCGGAUCCUACAGGAAUUCGACGGAUCCGAUGAAAUCCUGGUGACGGAAUCGCAUUGGAUUCCGACGGUCUCGGAUCCGAAACAUGGAUUUCCUGGAUUUUCUAAGGGUCAUCAUAGAAUNGUGCAGUCUAUUUGGAUCAGCGAUAUGUUUUUUCUUUUCUGCGCUGCUUCCUCUGUUCGCCGUUGCGUUGAUUAUCGUCGUACUUAUUUUCGUAGUUAUGAUGGUAUUUUCCGGCGUUAUUGUUGA